UUCGGGAACGCACGCAGGCUUGCAGAAGCGCCGCUGAACAGCCCGCCUCGCUGGCUCUAACCUUCGCAUCACCCCAGCAUCACUCGCCAACUUGCAUCUGGUGGAUCUACAAACAAUCUCUCUCGCUUUCGUCGUAUGGAUUUUAGAGGUCGGAUUAACAUUAUUGUAUCUUCCAUGUCGUAAAAUUGUUGCAUCCUCUGGAGGCUAAGGUGAAUGCAAUGGGGCAGUACUUCAGAUCUAAAUCCAAUAUGGAGGCUGUGCAUUUUAACCCAGUGAGUCGCCUCAAAGGAAUGUCAUCUGACAAGCCACUCUAACGUCAAGCGAGCACCCCGAGACAAAGCCGUGCUCUCCUCAAUCCCAUUCACCCCAGAGGGAAUACAACUCAAUCCCUGCUCUUAGAGUCUGGAUUUUAUUGGGAGGAAAUCUAGCCAUGUGAAUGGUCUUAACGUCUUUACAAGCUUUUGUCUUUCCACGCUGGAAUUGAUUUGAAGGAUUCAUCUUCCAAUAGCCAAUCACAGAUGAGGGGAAUACACUGAACACACUUUACCUUACAGUCAAACCCCUUUUAAUGUAAAGUGUUCCUUCGCACGUCGGGAGUUCAUAGUUUCUGACAAGUUUUCUGACAAGUACAAUGAAUCCACUCUGCUUUCCUCACGGCGCGGUCCUGCUGCUCUGCGCUCUCGUGGGCCUGGAGCUGGACCUGGGCUCUGCACUGGAGUUCCCCGGCUCCGAGGGCCAGUGGGCGCGCUACCUGCGCUGGGACGCGAGUACGCGCAGUGACCUGAGCUUCCAGUUCAAGACGCGGGCGUCCGAGGGCCUCGUGCUCUACUUCGACGAUGGCGGCUACUGCGACUUCCUGCUGCUGAACGUGGCCGACGGGCGGCUGCAGCUGCGCUUCAGCGUGGACUGCGCCGAGACCACCAUCACCGCCGACAAGCUGGUCAACGACAGCCGCUGGCACUUCGCCACGCUCAGCCGCCACAACCUGCGCACGCUCCUGGCACUGGACGGCGAGAGUAAGGCCGACGAGGUGCGGCCCGAGCGGCAGUUCAUGAAGAUCGUCAGCGACCUGUACGUGGGCGGCGUGCCGCAGGACAUCAGGCCUGCCGCGCUGACCGUGCCUGCCGUCAAGGAGAUGACGCCGUUCAAGGGGAUUAUUACGGACCUGAGCUAUGGGAACCAGGUGCCCAUGCGUCUGGGCAGCGCCAAGGUGCGGCUGGAGAUGGAAGGCCUGUGCACAGAGAACCCAUGUGAGAACGGAGGCAGCUGCACCAUGGCCGACGGAGAACCCUACUGCGACUGCUCCAGAACCGGAUAUGCUGGUCGAUACUGCAAUGAACCUGUGGCAAAUCGAAGCCCAGGCUUCGCACACAUGGUGAAGGCCCAGCAAGGUAAAAACAGAGCGCGCGAGGAGAACGUUGCCACCUUCCGCGGCUCGGAGUACUUCUGCUACGACCUGUCGCAGAACCCCAUCCAGAGCAGCAGCGACGAGAUCACGCUCUCCUUCAAGACGUGGCAGCGCAACGGCCUCAUCCUGCACACGGGCAAGUCGGCCGACUACGUCAACCUGGCCCUGAAGGACGGGGCUGUCUCGCUGGUCAUUAACCUGGGCUCGGGGGCCUUCGAGGCCAUCGUGGAGCCCGUCAACGGCAAAUUCAAUGACAACGCCUGGCACGACAUCAAGGUCACGCGCAACCUACGGCAGCAUUCAGGCAUUGGACACGCUAUGGUGACGAUAUCUGUGGACGGCAUUCUGACCACCACGGGCUACACGCAGGAGGACUACACCAUGCUGGGCUCAGAUGACUUCUUCUACGUGGGAGGCAGUCCGAGCACGGCGGACCUGCCCGGCUCGCCCGUCAGCAACAACUUCAUGGGCUGCCUAAAGGAGGUGGUGUACAAGAACAAUGACAUCCGGCUGGAGCUCUCUCGGCUGGCUCGCAUCGUGGACCCCAAGAUGAAGGUGCAGGGCGACGUGGUGUUCAAGUGCGAGCACGUGGCCAUCCUGGACCCCAUCUCCUUCGAGACGCCCGAGUCCUACCUGAGCCUGCCCAAGUGGAACACCAAGCGCGUGGGCUCCAUCUCUUUCGACUUCCGCACGUCCGAGCCCAACGGCCUGAUCCUCUACACGCAGGGCAAGCCCCAGGACCGGCGUGAUGCUCGCGGCCAGCGUAACAACAAGGUGGACUUCUUCGCCGUCGAGCUCCUGGAGGGCAGCCUCUAUCUGCUGCUGGACAUGGGCUCGGGCACCAUCAAGGUCAAGGCCACGCAGAGCAAGGUCAACGAUGGCAACUGGCAUCAUGUGGACAUCCAGAGAGAUGGCAGAUCAGGCAUCAUGUCAGUGGACAGUCGCCGAACACCCUUCACGGCCAGCGGGGAGAAUGAGAUCCUGGACCUGGAGGGUGAUCUGUACCUGGGCGGUCUCCCCGACAACCGGGCGGACCUGGUACUGCCCACGGAACUGUGGACAGCCAUGCUGAACUAUGGCUACGUAGGCUGCGUGCGAGACAUGUUCAUCGACGGCCGCAGUAACGACAUCAAGCAGAUCGCGCAGGCGCAGAACGGCUCGCAGAACGGCAUCAAGGUGUCGUGCAGCAAGCCCACGGGCAAGCACUGCGACUCCAACCCCUGCAAGAACAACGGCGUGUGCAAGGAGGGCUGGAGCCGCUUCAUCUGCGACUGCACCGGCACCGGCUACUGGGCCAGAACCUGCGAAAGAGAGGCGUCCAUCCUGAGCUUUGACGGCAGCAUGUACAUGAAGAUCACGGUGCCGCAGGUGAUGCACACCGAGGCGGAAGACGUGUCGCUGCGCUUCCAGUCGCAGCGCGCCUACGGCAUCCUCAUGGCCGCCACGUCGCGCGACUCCGCCGACACUCUCCGUCUCGAGCUGGACGGCGGCCGUGUCAAGCUCACCGUCAACUUAGAUUGUGUCAGGAUAAACUGUAACUCCAGCAAGGGCCCCGAGACCCUGUACGCCGGCCAAAAGCUGAACGACAACGAGUGGCAUUCGGUCAGAGUGAUCCGGCGCGGGAAAAACUUGAAACUCAUGGUGGACGAUGAUGUGGCUGAAGGCCAGAUGGCAGGUGACCACACCCGCCUGGAGUUUCACAGCGUGGAGACGGGCAUUGUGACGGAGCGACGCUUCAUGCCGCAGCCGCCGUCCAGUUUCAUUGGCCACCUGCAGGGCCUCAAGUUCAACGGCAUGCUCUACAUCGACAUGUGCAAGAACGGCGACAUCGAGUCGUGCGAGCUCAACGCGCGCUUCGGCAUGCGCUCCAUCAUCGCCGACCCGGUCACCUUCAAGUCCAAGGGCAGCUACCUGGGCCUGGCCACGCUGCAGGCCUACACCACCAUGCACCUGUUCUUCCAGUUCAAGACCACCUCCUCGGACGGAUUCAUCCUCUUCAACAGCGGCGACGGCAAUGACUUCAUCGCCGUGGAGCUGGUGAAGGGGUUCAUACACUACGUCUUCGACCUGGGCAACGGUCCCAGCCUCUUGAAGGGCAACAGCGAAAGCCCCCUUAACGACAACCAGUGGCACAGCGUGGUCAUCACCCGUGACGCCACCAACACGCACACCCUCAAGGUGGACACCAAGUCCGUCAGCCAGGUGGUGAACGGUGCCAAGAACCUGGACCUCAAAGGUGAUUUGUUUGUGGCCGGUCUCGGGCCCAACAUGUACCAGAACCUGCCCAAGCUGGUCGUGUCUCGUGAGGGCUUCCAGGGCUGCCUGGCGUCCGUGGAUCUCAACGGCCGCCUGCCGGACCUGAUCAACGACGCGCUGUUCCGCAGCGGCCAGAUUGAGCGCGGAUGCGACGUUGGCUUCACCAAAGCCGACCUCCAAGGCCCCAGCACCACCUGCCAGGAGGACUCCUGUGCCAACAUGGGCGUGUGCAUUCAACAGUGGGAGAACUUCACCUGCGACUGCUCCAUGACCUCCUACACCGGCACACGAUGCAACGAUCCGGGGGCUACAUACAUCUUUGGGAAAGGAGGCGGCCUCAUCACCUACACGUGGCCCAACAACGAGAGGCCGAGCACGCGGACUGACCGGCUGGCCGUCGGCUUCAGCAGCACCAUCAAAGACGGGAUACUGGUCCGCAUCGACAGCGCCCCGCGACUGGGAGACUACAUCAUGCUCCACAUCGAGGAAGGCAAGGUGGGCGUCACCUUCAACAUCGGCACGGUGGACAUCAGCGUCAAGGAGAUCUCCGCCACCGUCAACGACGGGAAAUACCACCUGGUGCGCUUCACCAGGAACGGCGGCAACGCCACGCUGCAGGUGGACAACUGGCCAAUCAACGAGCACUUCCCCUCAGGCAACAGCGACAUUGAGCGCUAUCAAACGGCUAAUAAGAAAAUCCCAUUCAAAUAUACCCGGCCGGUCGAAGAUUGGCUACAUGAGAAAGGUCGUCAGCUGACCAUCUUCAACACCCAGGCCACCAUCUCGAUCGGCGGUAAUGACCGCAAGCGGCCCUACCAGGGCCAGCUGUCAGGCCUCUACUACAACGGCCUGAAGGUGCUCAACAUGGCGGCAGAGGGCCACGCCAACAUCAAGGUGAACGGCAGCGUGCGCCUGGUGGGUGACGUGCCCACAGGCCGGGGCGGCACUCGCACCACCACCUCCAUGCCACCCGAGAUGUCCACCACCUACAUCGAGACCACCACCACCCUGUCCACCACCACCACACGCAAGCAGAGGUCUCCACCUACCAUCCAGACGACGGACGACAUCGUGUCGUCGGCCGAGUGCUCCAGUGACGACGAGGACCUGGAGGAGUGCGAUUCGGGACACGCAGGAGGGGAGUUAGUCAUCCCCGUUCUAGUAGAGGAUCCCCUAGAUAUCCCUCUUGUCUCAACCCGUGCUCCCUAUAUCCCCCUUCCCCCAACCCUACGCCCUGUCCUCACCAUUAUCGAGACCACCAAAGAGUCCCUGUCCAUUCCUACUGAGGCGGGGGUACCUUGCUUGUCGGACCGAGGCAGCGAUGAUUGUGAUGAUGAUGGUGAUGAUGAUGAUGAUGGUGAUGGCUUGGUGAUAUCGGGGUUUGGCUCUGGGGAGGCAUUCGACUCCAGCCUACCCCCGACUGACGAUGAAGAUUUUUACACCACCUUCUCCCUGGUAACAGAUAAGAUCUUGACCACGUCGGCCUAUGAUGGCGGCUACAAAGCCCACGCGCCCAAGUGGGAGACCAAGGACUUUAGGCCUAGCAUGGCUCCGGAGGUCAGCAGGACUACGGCCGUGCCCCCCGCGCUGCCUGACCUCCGGAGCACGACGGUGGCGUCCGCUCCGCCAUCCGAGACGCCGCCUAAAAUCCCAGCCGGCAAAAUGAACAACCGCGAGGUCAAACCCCCGCCGCCGCCGCCGCCGCAAACAGACAUAGUCCUACUCCCGCUGCCCACGUCCUACGACGUGGACGGCACCAAGCCCCGCGGCCCGCUCAUCACCUCGCCCAUGCUGCGCAACGUGCCCAUCCCUCUUCCCACCAUGCCGGGGAUCCGGCGGGUGCCCCCCGGUGCCUCAGAAGUCAUCCGCGAGUCCAGCAGCACUACGGGCAUGGUGGUGGGCAUCGUGUCGGCCGCCGCCCUCUGCAUCCUCAUCCUCCUCUACGCCAUGUACAAGUACCGCAACCGGGACGAAGGCUCAUACCAGGUAGACGAGACACGGAACUACAUCAGCAACUCUGCACAGACCAACGGGGCAGUGGUAAAAGACAAACAGUCCAGUGCCAAGGGUGCCAACAGCAAGAGACCGAAAGACAAGGACAAGGAGUAUUAUGUAUAAAAAAAACAAACAAGUUCAAUAGCUCAACAGUGGACAAAAAGAGCAGUGUGGUAUUAGAAAACAAACAGGUGGAACCAAAACGUGAGUAAAAAAAAAUUGCAGUACCACAUUUGGGAGCUACAAUUUCACUUUAAAAGCCCGCUGAGAACUCACAAAACUGAUGAGUCACUGAACAAUAAUGUACUGUGAUUUCAAGCACACUUACUAUGGUAAGCAUAUGGAGAAGGCAAAUAGGCACAUUGAGGACCUGUGUUACCGUGUGGUUGGUUGGUCUGGUUGCAGAAGUUGGCAGUGUAAAAUAUCUCAUUGUUACAUUGUUUAUCCCCGAGUGACUUUCAAGAGAUCUUUGAUCCUUGGCAUCAAAAGUAACAACAACGGACCACAUUAAAAAAAAAAGAAAAGUACAAAAAAAAAAAAACCUUGUCCAUUGUAACUCUGUAAAAUACAACAAUGAUCAUCAGCCAUUUUGGGCAUGCAUGUGAAAUGUGUGUGAUACAAUGCUGGCGUCUUUUGCAGAGAGAGAAGCGAGAAAGUGAAGAGGAUUAGAACUGAUGUUAAACAAAAAUGGAAAGUGAGCACAAUUUGCCAUAAGAAAAAAACGCUCAAUUCCCACUGAAGAAGAAUAAAAUGCAGAUGUGAUGAUCGAGUCGUCACACUCACUUUUUGUUGAUUUCUUUUAUGUUUUUUAUUUGUUUGUUUUGUCUCGUUUUCACUAUAAAUAUAUACAGAUAUAUUUUGAUGGGAAGAGAGCAUAAAGUCAUGACAGACAUAACAGUACAGUUCUCAAUUUAAGUAUCGGCAGUGUAUCAGUUUGUCAGAUUUUUUCUGUUUGGAUGCAGGAUUAGGGGUCACUUUCUUUCUACUGGUCAGGAGAAAGGGUUUGGCAGCCACACAUGGCAUCGAGAUUGAUUUCUUAUAAGAAAUGCCAGGUCAGAUCAGUCACAAAAAAAAUACAAGAUUUUUUUUUUAAAGUGUGUAUAAGACAAAGGUGACAUUUCUUGGUAUAUUUUCUUUUUGAAUGUGUAUUUUUUUUAAAAGCACUUGUCUCUGUACUUUGCUACAUUAUGUGUUUUGUGUCAUUUUCCCUACCCCCUUUCUCAUCCUUUUGAAACUGCUGCGACUGAAACUAUACCAUCAUGUCUGUAGGAUGAAUGAUUUGUCAAUGUUAAAACAAUACCUGGGAAGAUGGUGUGAGGAUCCAAUGUGAAAAAGUGUGAAUUUCAUGUUGUCACAGUCAACUGUGUCAAACAACAGAUAUGUUUACAUAUUUUAUUACAUUAUUGCCGUUGUACUUUGUAGGUCAAUGCUGUACAUAACAUUUGCGUUUUAUUUAUUUUUUAAAAACUACUCUGUACAGAAAGAACAUCGGGCCUAAUUUAUCAGUGUAGUUCAUGACGAAAAUAAUUAUUUAAUUUCGGUGUGAAAUCAGAUUUGAGCAAGCAUUGCAUAUGCAUUUUUUUGUUUUGUUUUGUUUGUAAAGAGCGGCGAAAUGUUGUUAGGUUAGCAAUCUAGUCUUUCUGGAUGGUGUUUCUAGUCGCAUGAAUAUUUGACUACUGGAAGCUGUCAAUUAAUAGAUCAACGCCCUCCUCCGUACCACGGCCUAUACGUAUCAUUUGUUAUUUUAUUGUUAUUUAUUUUUUUAUUUAAAAAGGGGUUAAGAAAAUUUUAAAAUAAUAAAGAUGGACUAUGAUGGAGUUGGUUGCAGAGUGCCGAUACGUUUACUGAGGUACAGGAUGAAUUGUUCAGUGUCUGUCCAUGUUCUGUCAAGUUCACUGUAUGUGCUUUCAUUUUCUUCUUUCAUGUUCAACUUUUAAUGUGCAGUUCUUCUUAUUUGGUUAUUCAUUUUAUAACUGUUCGUGCUGGCAAAUAUGUGGGAUUUUAUUUUUAAGUCAUUGAAUCGUUUUCUGUUCAUGUCACAUUUUUGAAGCAAAUUCAAAUCAGUGUGUACAUUCAUUUUGAUUGUGUUGAUGUUUUUUUUUAUUGUUCAUCCAUUGUUUUUCCCUUUUUUGAGUUUAGGUUACAUCCAGCAAUAAAAUGUUCUUC